AUGGAAGGUGGCCUUCUACAGUCGUCCUCCUACUUCCCCUACUUCAUAGUGGUGGCCCUGAAAAGUGGCGGACUUCUGAGGGCUCUCCUGUUGGAAUUAAUCUCAAUGUGGAUAAUGAUUCAUUGAAGUUUAAGUAUUUAAAAUUACAACCUGUGUCGUAAGUAUGAACAUAAAUAUAAAUAUCUGUAGAGACCAAGUGUUAUUCUAAUUUUAUAAUAGGCUAAAUUAGAAAAAGACACUUAUAGUUUAACCACCUCUUGUCUAUAAAUAGGGGGUAACGGUCCUUGGGUCACACAUCGUGAGUCACUCUUAGAGUAUCUCAUCUCUCUAGAGCAAGUCACUGGACGGCUUCCCUAUGUUGAUCCAAAAGAUCAUCCUCGUACUUGUGACUUCAUGGAUUCUGUUUUAUCAUUCUCCAUCUAUCUCAACACAAGAUCCUUUAGAUCCAACACCUCCUCCUCCUCGUCCUCCAUCCCCUCCUCUCCUUCCUCUCUGAGGAGAUGAGCAUCAGGGCUAUGACCCUGAUCUACUUCUGCGGCGUCAACAUCAGCAGCUUCUGUGUCAGUGAAGCCGUUCUUCCCAAGCACCUUCUUGGGGACGUGGGAAGGGACGGAUUCCAGCUGCUCAUGGCCGGGGAGAGGAAGGUAUGCCUCAGUAGGAUGCCCAAGGUGAUGGUGGAGUUCUUGUGAAAAUACCUCCGCGUGGAGGUGGUGAGGGAGAUGAAGGUGGCCAGCGGGUACUACACAGGAUUCAUGGAGAAAAUGGCGGGGGAGGAGGAGGCUCUGCUCGAACAGGAGGAAGUGGACCGAGAGCCUUUAGGGUUCACCGCCGAGGGGAAAGUCCCUCUCCAUUCCCUCUUCUCCCGCUGCCAGGUCUGUGACUCUCUCUCUCUCUCUCUCUUCCCCGUCAGGUUGUUCUCCAAUAUGCAUCCCAACGCGAGCGUGAGUGUUAGACCCCCAACUGGCAUCGGAUGAAAUACUCACGGGAUCCUCUCAUCCACGUCGGGGAAACGAAGCAGACGGAUAGGGUGGUGCCCACGUAUCUCCGGAAACUCAGCCGAAGGCCAUGGAAGAUCAUGAAGAUGGGUGACGAACAUGGCAGAAGUAGAUAUUCGAUCAUGGGCACAUCAGGACUAUAAAAGUUGGCCGACUUUUUGGGUAGUUCCCUAAGGCAGCUGCGGCUGAAGGACAGCGGGGGGCCUCUCGAACGUCCCCACUGUAUCUACGGUUCUUUGGAGCCCAAGCCACUCUUUCUACUGUUUUAUCUUCUAUUUCCAUUUCUACUUCCCAUAUUUCUUUUCCCAUUAUCUGUCGAAAUUCGGGUUCCCGUUAUUCAUCCCUUAUUUCUGUUCCAGUUAUUUCCGAUAAUACUCACCAGAGAGAAAAACCAGUGCUUUCUUACGUCAGAAUGGAUCAAAACCCGGCCUUGGUCGAUUGAUCUUAAACAAAAAAAAAAAGAUGAAAGAUAAAACCCAGUGGUUUCUUCCUUGAUUUUUUCAUCCGUUCAUUCGUUCAUUGAUUCAAUGCCAGGAGGUGGUGGUGGUGAGCGAAAAGGAGAAGGCGGCGUGGCGGCCACUGCCGAGGGAGGAGUAUCCGGAGGCAUUGGUCUUCCACGACGGCCGCGUGGCCUUUCGGGCGACGCCGCUUGCCACCACCGCCAUGUUCGUGUGGCUUCCCUUCGGCUGCCUCCUGGUGCUCAUCAGAGCCGUCAUUUUCAUCUUCCUCCCCUACGGGGUCACCAACGCCGCGCUCGCCUUCACCGGCAUGAAGUACAGGCUGGAGACGUCCCCUUUCAUCCCCUCCCGGCCGCCGCCGCACGCCGGGUAG